GAAAAUAUCAUUAUCAUUAGUGUCACACAAUACAUUGACACUUCAUCCUUCAAACGUUUGACGUGCUUUGACAACUUUCAAUCUUCGGAUUGACGUUGUUGAUUCGGGAGUCGAUGUCGUAAUUUUGAUCCGACAUUCAAUAAAAUUCUUUUGCUAAGCUCUAGCUCAGGUAUAUUGUGAUAAUACCUUAUAAUGGGUAUAAAAGAAGCUAAUAUUUAUUUAGAUAAUCAAUGGAACACGUACUACGCUGGCCAAACUAUCAAUGGAAGAAUAGAAUAUGUGUUUGAUAGUCCUAAAAAAGUGCGAGGUAUCCAUGUCAAGUUUAAAGGAGAAGCUCAUACAGAAUGGUGUGAAAGUAGAAAUCAAGAAACUUCCGAUGGGAAGACAGAAUCGACUGAUACCAUGCACACUGGACAUGAAGAGUACUUUCAAGUGUCUUACUAUUUGCUAGGAAGCAACUCAGGAAAUGAAAUAGAAAUACCAGCUGGUAAGCAAGUGUACAACUUUACUUGUGCCUUACCUCCAGUCCUGCCUUCAUCAUUUGAGGGUCAAUAUGGAUAUGUCAGGUAUACCGUCAAGGUUACCCUUGACCGGCCCUGGAAGUUUGAUCAGGAGACAAAGAUGGCCUUUACUGUGAUUAAUGCAUUUGAUUUGAAUCUCAACCCUUCUUAUAAGGAACCAAUCCACAUUCAACUAGAGAAGACAUUUUGUUGCUUCUGCUGUGCGUCACCUCCUUUAUCUGUUGACGUGCAAGCUCCCGUGUCGGGGUAUGUGCCCGGUCAGAAAAUACCUAUACGAGUGGAAGUAGACAACAAGAGUAAUGUCCAACUACAUUUGGUCAAGAUUUUCUUGAGAAAGGUAGUUACAUACAGAGCCACAUCACCAACGAAUCAGACGAAAAAGAUCAAAGAUGUAGUGCUAACUAUACAAGAAGGGCCAGCACCCGCGGGGACUACGAAGAGUUGGGACUUAACUAUGGAAGUGCCGCCCAUACCUCCGUCAGAUCUAGUCAACUGUAACAUCAUUGAUUUAGAUUACGAUUUCAAGGUGGAAUGUGUAGUAUCGGGUAUGCAUUUGAACAUGAGUGGCAAGAAAUACAUCGCCAUAGGAACUGUACCGUUGGUCGGAAUGGUCGGGCAAGUGGCGCCAUCUGCACCGCUGCCAAGUAACGCGGAAACUGGAGAGAUAGGGCCGGGUUCGCCUAGCCAGCCUGCUGUGUUGCCAGUCAGUCCCGGACAGCCAAUGGUGCCUUCAGCUCCAGGGGGUGACGCACUUCCCGGUGGCUGGGUGAUGCCAGGAGCUCAACCCGUACAGCCGCCAUACCAAACAUUGUACCCGACUUUAACUACACCGGUUUACAAAGAAUCUCCGUACUCAGCGCGCACAAUUCAAGAGAGGGGAGAAUCAAACCACAUGAUGAUUAGAGGUCCAAAUAACUUCGCUCCUUACUAUCCUACUUACGCUGCCGUCCAGCCGCCGCCAUUACCUCAAUAAACAGGAUCUGAUUGCGAUCUAACUUUGCAUUUUAUAAACAUUUAAUAUGAAAUUGAGAUGUUUCCUUGGUCAACAAUUUUUAAGUCGCUUUCGAUACUUUUAAGUCCAUUUUAUAAGAGAGAUUAUUUCUCUCUUUCUCAAAGUCAAAGCAUUUAUUCAAAUAAUUAAAGAAGAGAGAAAUGCCUAGGUACUUCUGAAAACCCAAAUUUGAUUUGUCUGCAGUGAAGCUAGGUGCUCGUUUCAUAAAAUUUGUGUGGAGACGAUCAAGCAAGAGUGUAUAAUUUGAUUGAUAUUAUAUUAAUUGAUAUUAUUGAUUAUGAACUUGUGAUAUGUACUCAAGUAUUAGCAGUUCCUAGCAGCAUAUCUAUAGCUCAGCCGGGGUUGCGGGGUAAGCGCAAUAAGGCACCGCGUUCUCAGCCUAGAGCAGGAGAACGAACGGGGGGUUUUAAUUCAGUAAGAGUCUGACACUCCCUUCCGCCCCACCCUGGGCGGGAGAAGUCAUUUGAUGAUUAUCCCCUCCCAAAAAACCCCCACUCUAGCUAUUAUAGUUCUUGGAAUCUCGCACAGAAUAUAUAUCGAGAAAUGUUAUGAACUUGGAAACAUCCCAAUUGUAAGCAACAUUUACAAAUAUUUAUAUAACACAUUUGAUAUUCUUAAUUUUAAGCUUUUGAACGCCUUUUGGCAUUAUUAGUGUAUUUAGGUUGUGAUACUAACAUUGAUGUUACGAAAUAAAGAACCCUAUGUUGCUACGCGUAAAGUUCAAAUUGAUGAUUGAAUUUCUCAAAAGGGUAUAGUUGCGUUGAAUUUCGU